AUGAGCAGUGUCUACCUAUACCUACACGCCACGCCACACCACAUCAUCAUCAUGAUCUGUGCAUUGAGUCUCGUGCUUGUUUUGGCAGUCUUACAGGGUGGUAAUGGACUCACCGACGAUGAGAAAUCACAAAUCGUGGCUCGACAUAACCAGUACCGUACUAAUGUACAACCACGUGCUGCAAACAUGUUAGCUCUGCGAUGGAACGAUGAGCUUGCAAAUACAGCGCAGUCGCGGGCUAACCGAUGCGAAUGGAGAGUAUGGGGUAAAGGCAUGAGCGCCUCCCGUGGGCUCGUCGACACAAAUUUGGUUUCGUUUGUGGAUUGGUGGAAUAUUGCGAAGAGAGCUUAUAACUUCGAAGACAACACCUGUGCCGAGAAUUGUUAUUCUUACACUCGGAUGGUGCGGGCUACAACUUCUCUCGUUGGAUGUGGCAUGACUCAAUGUGAACGUGAAUUUGCGUACAAAGUAUUCGUCUGUAUGUACGGAACAAGGUAA